AUGUUCAAGAACAAAGCAAAUUCCAAAGCUUUUAUUUUUUCUGGAAAUGAUUCGAUUGAAUCUUCAACCUUGAAUCAAAAUCAAAAAAAAUACGUGAAAAAAUAUUGCUACGACAAGCUUUGUAAGCUUAAGGUUUAUGCUUUGAAUGAUUUUCAUUAUAUUCUCAGUCGCAUACUUAAGUUGGUUGAAAAGGACGAUGAUGCGACCAAUAAACGAGAUGCUCAACUUCAAAUGUCUCCGACACUUUUCUGCACUUCUGCUUGUGAUUGUGAUAUCUCAUAA